AGGAUUUUCGCGGUUGAAGGCCGUUUCAAAAUUGCGAAAUUCUCUCUCUCUCUCUCUCUCUGCCUCCACUCAAUUCAGCCAACUUUUCAGAUAUUUUCACUGCUCAACUUAAGACUAAGCAUGAGCCGCAACUUGUUUGAAAAUGGGUCUAGUGGCGGCUGACAAGGGUUCGAUGCAGACCCAAGAGGAACAGAGCGACAAUGCCUCCGCUGUUCAGUGGGAACGCUUUCUGCCUCGGAUGGUGCUUCGGGUCUUGCUUGUCGAAGCUGAUGAUUCUACUCGACAGAUCAUUUCUGCACUUCUCCAUAAAUGCAGUUACAAAGUUGUCGCAUUUUGUGACGGCUUAAAGGCAUGGGAGACAUUGAAGAACAAACCAUCUGACAUAGAUCUCAUAUUAACAGAAGUGGAUUUGCCAUCAAUAUCUGGAUUCUCACUUCUUACUUUAAUCAUGGAGCAUGACAUUUGCAAAAACAUUCCCGUCAUAAUGAUGUCUUCUCAUGAUUCCGUUAGCAUGGUACUCAAAUGCAUGUUAAAAGGUGCAGCUGAUUUUCUUAUAAAACCUGUUCGCAGGAAUGAGCUAAGAAACUUGUGGCAGCAUGUAUGGAGAAGGCACGCCAUAAGCAGGCCUCCUCAAAAUUUUACACUACCAGAGAUUGAAAUUGGUUUUGCUGCAGAAAACCAUGCUGCAAGCAAUGACUCUAGUGGUUCUGUGGCUUCUACAGCAAAAAAUGGUGAAUGCAGCGAGAAAACAAGUGAGGCUCAAAGCACUUGUACAUCGCCAUUUUUGGAAGCUGAGAGUACAUACUUGGAAAAUAUGCAGGAUAUAUCGCAGCUGAAGAGGUCUUCAAAUUUGAGCAAUAUUGACACGGUGAAGCAUGAAAAUUCUACCAAAUGUGAAAGGGAAUCAGAUAAGCAUAAUGAUGAAGCUGGAGAGAAAUCACUGUUUGUAUCAGAAGAUUCAAGGUGCAACAAAACUUUUAAACCAACAGGUUUAAGGCUAGGUCAAGGCUAUGAAUGCUGUGAAACGAGAAAUCAAGAUGUAGUUCUAAAAAUAGAGUUGAUCAAAUCCAAUCCUGAAAUUAAUACAGAUAUUCAUGGAUGCAGUGAUGAACUGGUAGAUCCUUAUACCGGGGCCAUUGACUUGAUUGCUACAUUCAAGAAUCUUCCAAAGAGCACUGAUGAAAAAUGUAGUUUCAGUAGUGGUAACACUGCCAAGUUUGAUUUUGAUACACAAUUGGAACUUUCUUUAAGAAGAAGAGAUUUUCCUGGAAGCUCAUGUAAAGCUGCAUCUGAGGAAAGGCAAUUAUUGAACCAUUCAAAUGCUUCUGCCUUUUCUAGGUAUAGUAGUAGUAAGUUGUUGCAGCCCCUUUUUCCAACACCAUCAACUAUCUCUGCUAAAUUAACAAAUUCCAGUCUGAGUUCUCAUGAAUCCCAUAAAUUCUCAGAAAAUGCAUCUACUUCUCAUCAAUAUGGUGGAAAAAAUCAAAAUCAGGAGAAAAUUAUCACUCCAGUCAUUGGUCAGUCUGGACAAGUUGAUCCAAAAUUACCAAACAGUCAACUUGGAUAUUUUCCUGCUACAGGGGUUACUUCUGAUCACAAGUCUACAGGAAAUGGAAAUGUCUUCCCUUCUAUGCUUUAUGCAGAAUCAGGUGUCCAUCCCAUAUGGACUCCAAAAUCAGUGUGCCAGAAAGAAAGUUCUCCAUUUCCCACAAUCACUUCAUCCCAGUCCAAUCCUCAAAGUCACAACUCAGAAUGUCAUCUCUGGUCGGAAGAUUCAACCCAUGCUUCUGAUAAAAAUUUAAAUGAUCAAAUUAAUUUGGAUUGUGAGACACAUGACUCUCCUGAUGCUAGUCAGAGUGCUGGUACUAGUUUUUUCCACGACACAGCAAAUCAUAAUAGUAGCGGUGUAUACAGAAGCAUGGGCUGCAGAAGUGAUGGAAAUGCUACUUCAGCUAAGGUAGCCAAGGAGAGCCAUGGAAGUUUUAUUGAUAGUGGUCACUGCAGUUAUGAUGGAUUCAUAGGGACAGAUUCUCAUCGCACAAGCCACCGAGAAGCAGCUCUGACAAAGUUUCGACUGAAGCGGAAAGACAGAUGCUAUGAGAAAAAGGUGCGAUAUCAAAGCCGGAAGAGAUUGGCAGAGCAGCGCCCCCGGGUGAAAGGGCAGUUUGUUCGCCAAGUACAAGAUGAUCAUCCAGUAGCAGAUGUGGGUGGUGGUUCCUGAAAUUGUUUUGUUUCAAGUUACCUUCAUCAUUGAAUUACAGUCUGACUUCCAAAUCUGAUUUGCCUUUCUCGACAAGGAUUAACUGUAGGGUCUAGUUUGUCUGGUGAAAUUAUGUUUCCUCUUAGCGUUGUUAGUAUUUUCUUCUGGCUUGUUAUAUUGGCUGUUUCUUAGAAUGUAGGAUUGUAAGUAUUUUGUAGGUUUGUUUUGAAGUUUUGAUUUUACCUCGUGUAUAUGCUUUCUUGAUUGAAUACUAAUAUAGGGCUACUAUCGUUAUAUAGGCAGUAUGCUUGUGUCUUGAAAGAUUGAAUUUUUUUUUUUUUUUUAUCUCGGCAAGCAUCUCUGGUUUGCAAGCAAACGAUCUUUUUUUAAUCUUUACAUUGAUCAUUUGAGCA